UUCACGCAGCGAGUGGACAUGUGGAAACAUUUUACGUACUCAAAGAGUACGUUGUAAGAAAUGUGUUUACAUCGAAAGGUUAAACUUUAAACCUUUCACAUGGGGAGCUAAAGAACAAAAUGACGUGUAUGUGUUACAGUAUGUUACUGGUUUCAAUUUUGGAGUUACUGUUGUUUGGAUGCAUAGCAGCUGGUUCGUCUCGUCCUGUUCACCGCGAGAGCGAUGAAGACGGGUCUCCAGGCGCGAGACUCCCGCGUGCUGUAUUGGAGGACCAGUUGGAGGCGACCACCAUCCCAAACCACUUACAGGAGGACGACAGGAACUACAGGUUGUCACCUUUCACUCCCAUAAUGACUAUCACAACCAAGGACUCCAGGACAACUGGUAAAACUAGCCACCUACGGAUGACCACCACGGCUGCGCCUGUGACCAAAACAAUGAACCCAACAUACAAACGCAGUGGAGUCAAAGAAAACUCUACAUUCUCCACAGGACUAAACAUUACAAUUAAGCCUACUUCCUCCUAUCCAGUAAAUCACACACAAAACACAACACCACCUGCACUGGAUACCGCAAUCAGCUCAUGGACAGUAAGCAACACUUCUAAGCCCCACUUCCAUACCUCUGAGAAAGGUCCUCAAUGCAACUGCAGUGCCGAGGGUUCAGUGGGCCCGGAUACCUGUGACCCAUUCACGGGUCAGUGUGUGUGCAUAACUGGAUACACGGGUCACCAGUGUGAUGAAUGUGAGGAUAGGUAUUUCACCAAUGGGACCAGUGGCUGCCAGGCCUGUGGCUGUGACUCCGAUGGAGCCGUGAGCCUACUCUGCAAUAGUUCAGGCAUGUGUAUGUGCAAGAUGGGAGUGCACGGGGACAAGUGUGAUGACUGCCACCCAGGCUUUUCGCACUUCAGCAGCACGGGAUGUCAACCAUGCCAGUGCAAUAAUCACAGCAGCUACUGCCACCCAUCAGGCAUCUGCGUGAACUGCCAAGACAACACCGACGGACCAAGCUGCGAAAACUGCAGGUAUAAUUUCUACCGAAGGACUGGGUCUCCUGCAACAGAUGCUUGCAUCCCCUGCCCCUGCUCCAGCGUCACCUCCACAGGCAGCUGUAGGCUGGACUCGAGUGGCCAGCCUGUCUGUAAUCAGUGCAAGCCAGAGUACCAGGGUCCUAAUUGUGAGCAGUGUAGUGAUGGCUUCUACAAUGCCGACAGCAUCUGCAUUCCCUGUAACUGCAGUGGGAACGCAGACCCCCACACCUUCCCUCAGAUAUGUCACCCGGACAUUGGCCACUGCCUGAGCUGCAUCAACAACACUACAGGCCUGCACUGUGAGCGCUGCGCAGAGGGCUUUACAGGGGACGCGCUCGCCAGGAACUGCACUCCUAAAGUCAUCCACUCUACUCCUUCAAGCACUACCCACUGGUUUCACUACACCACCAUGACCUCCAGCCUCAAUUCUACUGUCAAAUUUACCACCACCUCCUCCACUACCCUGCUGACCAGCCUAGCCAGCACCCUCAACACCACCACUGCCACAGUGACUCCACUCCCAUGGAAUCAGUUUAACAUCAUUGUCCUUGCCGUCAUCAUCAUUUUGGUGGUAGCUCUGAUGGCUGUGGUGGGCGGCGUGUACACUUACAGAGAGUACCAAAACCGCAAGCUGAACGCCCCCUUCUGGACCAUUGAGCUGAAGGAGGACAAUAUAAGCUUCAGCAGCUAUCACGAUAGCAUUCCAAAUGCUGACGUAUCAGGGCUUUUAGAGGAUGAAGUGAGUGAUAUGGGCAAUGGACAACUUGCUUUAACCAGUCCUGGUAGUUUGUAUAUGGUGUAAUUGAUGUCGAGUGUUCCAUUGCACUCUGCCUGGAACUGGUUGCUAUGCCAGCGCUGGCCCAAUAGAGGGCAGGUAGUGGACCCAUGGACAUGUGGACCCCCCAUUUUAUUGCACUGAAAAAGGCCUAGUGUCACAAGUCUCAGGAGGAAUGUGCACACAUAAUGCAAACACUCACUCAUAAGCACUCCAAUAAAUCAAAAGAUGGGAAAGAUAAUGAUGGAAUGACAAGAAAGAGAGGAACAUCUGCCGUGCAGCCUAACUGAAAGGCUAAGUUAACAAAAGAAUUGAAGACAUUUGGAAAGUCAAAUCUAAAAGAUGCUGAAGAAGGAGCAAAGAAGCAGAAACUAAUUUACUAAUGUGAGCCAGAAUAUUAGAGACUGAAGCAUGUCUGUUUGAGUUGCGAUGUAAAGACAUUGAGGCAUGGAUGGAUAGAUUAAUCAAUUUCUUAUCAACAUUAUUUGAAUUCAAAGAAAUGCUGAUAUGCCAAUGCAUACUUGCCGGUAGCAUUAUGUCCAUUCACUUGAUCGUUUGUAAAUGCAAAGAAUGUUUUAAACACAUGGAGAGGACAUUUAUUUAUAAAAAAAAAAAAAAAAAAAAACUCAGGAUGGAUUUUGUUUUUAUUGUGCAAACCUCACCAUAAUACAAGCUGAACUUGGGUGCAUCCCCACUUUUAAUGUUGCUACAAAACAAGGACACCAUACACAUGCUUGACUUUAGGGGGCAGCGUUACAUAGGGCCUGAAAUACUGUGUGAUGUAAUUUAUAAUGGAAGUACAUUACACUGAGUGAUAAAUGCUUAAUGAUUUAUGCCUUUAUUAUAAGGUAUUAUGGCAGACGCUUUCUAACAAACCGAAUUACAACAAUAGAUGAUUUCUUUUUAGGCCAAAGAGGAUCUGUGUUGUAGGAGAAAGUCUGACUAGUUCUUGUUACAGUUUUACUACAGCAAAGAGAAUUCAGAGGACUGUUCCAUGUAUUUUGGAAUAUUAUUGGUAUAUAAUAUAUUUAUUUUCAAGACUUUUGAAAACACAAUCUGUCAGAUUGGGUGAGUGUAACAAGUUUUUUUUUAAUCAUUAUUAUUUAUUUUGGAUGGACCUCUCUCUUUCAAGUUGAUGAUUUUAAAACAUAGGCUCAGUUGGUAUCCAUUUCGCAACAGGUGUACAGAGCAGGGGAACAAAUAAUAUCAGAUGAGCAACAUUCAUUCUUGCCUGUUCAUUCGAACAGCAAUGACAUAUUAAUCAAUCACUGCAGAACAGGUUAAAACAAUAUGAGAGAGGUUCAAUGGAUGAAUGAGUGCACAUAUUUGAGUGUGUGGGUCCUGAAAGUAGUAAUCUAUUACUGUAUAUGACUAAGUGCAUGUUCAAAAAGGGUGUGUAAGAAUGUAAACAAAUCUAUAAUCUAUAUCAACAUGUAAAAGUUGGAAGGUGUUGGCCCAAACUUGAAGACAAGAAAAAUUGUUUAUCUCUGUCUGCAUCUCAGAUUACUCUUGCAAUAUGUACUUUUCAGCUUUCUUCUCAUCUCCACAGUCAUGAAGUCAUCAUUCUGAGAUGUGUUUAAACAGAUUUAUGUAAAUAUGAGAUGUACAGAAUGGUUGUCAUGAGGAGGCUGCUAUCGUAUCGGUACAUGUGGCGACCAGGAACAAGAUAAAUUGCCUUGUUUCUGUGUCCAGAAUACUUGCACACACAGAAAAUACAUUUGAACAACUGUUUUAAUGGUGUUUUAAAUGAACAGAGACCAUUUUAUAGAUUGUGCAUUAUACAUAGUGCACUGCACUCACAACACAGCUAACUCUGUGAAAUAUUUAAAUAAAAGCAGGUUUUGCGACUUUGUGUCUAACACAUUUUGGAAUAUGCGGAGUAUUUCUUUACAUUCUUGACUAACUAAACAUAUGUUUGCAUUGUAAU